UAUUGGCUUCCAGUUAUUAUGUCCCAAAGUGGUGCUUGCACAUACAUAUCUUAUACUCAGAUGUAAAGUGAGCACAGAUAAACUUUCCUCCUUCUGCAGCUUGAUCUGAAAACGGCAUUUUGGUGUCAAGCUCUGCAAAGUGAAGGUCAAAAGUAAGAGUGAAGGAACGAUGAGCAGAAUACAUUUUGGAGUGGAAGGGGACUUUAAAAAGACAGAAUUGUAAGCUUUAGUGUAAAUUCUGAGUGAACAGAUGAGGAUGAAGGGCCCAAAUAACUUCUUGUUAUUACGCUGUUUGAUGGGAUAAUGGCUCAGUAGGAGGGCCAUAAAGGAUGGGUAACACAGGAGAGGAGAUUGGGAAAGGGGGGCGGGGGGGGGGCAGACAGCAGAGACAAGCCCACAGCAGCUUACACAAACUGAAAUCUGGGUUGUGACUAUUCUAUGAUGGUUUCUCUUAUGUUUGCAUUCUUCAUGGCAUUCAGCCGGCUUGAGUGAUCUCAUGGAAUACACAUGGGAUUUUUCUACAUGAAAACAUUAAGACGAACUCUGCGCUCAACCGAUCUCUCGCCCAGACCGCAGUCUCUACAUUGGUCCAUUUGAAGGAAUUUUAUCGGAUUUUUUUUUUUAAAUUCAUUUAUCUUUUUAAGUGUAUAGCAUGUGACUUGGGAUGUAAUGAAAGGCGUCUUCACUGACUGGAUCGAUGACGUACUGAAGGUGAAGGACAAUGUGGACACCAUUGAUAAUUUGGAUUCUGCACUUUAUAAAUCUUACAAAAGGCCUUGAAAACACAAGAGGUAGCUCCUCUGUUAGCAGACUCUGUCCAGCAGGUUGUGCGACAUGCUCUGCUCUGAAUGGCUGUCUCGCCUGCAUCCCUCGCCUGUUCUUCCACUUGGAGCUGGAUGGGAUGCGGCAGAGGGGCGCCUGUCUGUCCUCCUGUCCCCGGGGUUACUAUGGUAGGCGCUCUCCACACAUCAGCACCUGCACCAGGUGCAAGGUGGACUGCGCUUCUUGUUUCAGUGAAAGUUUCUGCACACAUUGUCACCCGGGUCACUUCCUGUUCCAGGGAAAAUGUGCGAAUAGCUGUCCAUAUGGGCUGACGGCAAACACAGUACUGCGAGAAUGCACAGUGUGUUCUACAGGCUGUGAGGUAUGUGUGAGGAGGAACAUGUGUGUGAGGUGUAGAGCAGACCUUUACUUACUCCAGGGUCAGUGCCAUCUCACCUGCCCGACUGGAUUUAAGCCUGACGUGCAGCUUAUGCAAUGCGUCCCCAAAGUGCACUGUGAGGUUGGGGAAUGGACAGGUUGGGGUCCAUGUGUUCAGAAAAGGAGCAUGCGGUCCUACAGGAGUGGACAGGAGAAACGCAACCGACAACUUCUGCGGUCUCCGAGUGACGGCGGUGAACCUUGCUCACAUGUUUCCGAAAUCAGGAAGUGUGUCAUUAAAAUGAGACCAAAGAGUCCAAGUAGGUUUUAAUAAGUUAAAAAGAGAGCCCGUUAGAUUGAAGUUUUGAUAUUGCA